AAAUCAAAAAUGGAAAAGGUAUAGCAGAAAAGUUGCAUUAAAAAGUUUGGAUAAUUCAUCUUGUAUAAGUACAGAAUUUUUAAAUGAGAUUAAAACUCAUCUUCAGAUUUAUCUUUUUGAUGUUAUUCAAUGUUAUGGAAUAACUCAAGAUCCAAAUACCAAAGAUUAUAUGAUGGUUUUAGAAUAUUGUGAAGGUGGAAAUUUGAGAAAUUAUUAUAUGAAUCAUGAAUCAGAUUAUUAUUCAAAAUUUGAUCAAUUAAGGCAAAUUGCAAGAGGACUUCUAGAUAUUCAUAAUACUGGAAAAAUUCAUAAAGAUUUUCAUUCAGGCAAUAUAUUAUAUUAAGUUGAUCCAUUUAUAAGUGAUUUAGGAAUGUGCCAACCAGCAAAUAGUGAAAAGCAAUCAGCUAAACAAGAAGGAAUUUAUGGAGUAUUACCUUAUAUGGCACCAGAAGUUUUACGUGGAUGUCAAUAUACAAAAGCAUCUGAUAUUUAUUCAUUUGGAAUAAUGAUGAAUGAAUAUAUAUCUGAAGAAAUUCCUUAUAAUAAUAUUCCUCAUAAUCAUGCUUUAUCUAUUAAAAUAUGUAAAGGGCUUAGACCAAAUAUUUUUAAAUAUACACCAAAAUUACUUGCAGAUUUGAUUACUAAAUGUUGGGAUGCUAAAGCAGAAAAUAGACCAACUGCUAAAGAAUUGUAUCAAAAAUUAAAUAAAUUAUUAAUUAUAGAUAGUGAUACUAAAUCUCAAGUAGAUGAAUAUAAUGAUAAAAUCAAAUUAAACAGAACAAGUGAAAAAAGAUCUAUUAACUUUCAAACACAUCCACAAGCAAUCUAUACUAGUAGACUUUUAAAUUUCAAAAAUCUUCCAGAACCAGUAAAUUCAGAUGUUACUGAAACAACAUUACUUUCAGAAUGUUUUGAUUGUCAAUUAGACGAAUUAGAUCUUAAUGAAAUUAAUCAAGAUGAAGAAAAUAAUACUGAAUGAAUGAUUUGAUUUUUUAUGAGAAUCAAAGAAUUUAGUUUAAUUAAAAUUAUAUUAUUAAAUUAUGUCUUUUAUACUAGUUAUUAUUUAUGGGUUUUGUAUGUAGUAAUAUUUUAGUUUAAUAAAAAUAAAUUAUAAAUUGGUUAACUAUUGAUAUAUCAAAUUAAUUU